AAGGAAAUACGGUGGGGACGACACUACUUUUGGAUUGCCCUAAGUAUUUCGAGUAUCCCCUCGCUUUUUUAACGAAACCUAGUGGAAAAUAGAUAAGCGAGGGUCCUGAACCCGAAUAUCAUAGUGAUUUGGACCUCCAGAGAUCGGAUUUCUGGAAAACCAGUUUUUCAGAAACUCUAAAAAUUACCAAAACUUUUCUUAAUGAGGCAGGAUUGUAGCCCGCGCAAGGGAGCAGUUAAACCUGCUGCUAGCAGGUAAAACUGAUUUUCCAGAAACCCGGUCUCUGGUGGCCUAGAGGUCCAAAUCACUAUGACAUUCGGCUCAGGAUACUCGAAUACCUAUUGUCCACCAGGUUUCGUUAAAAAAGCGAGGGGACACUCGAAAUAGUUUCCGCGUAAGAUUAUAUGUAUCAUUCAUUCACUCUUUUGAUUAUCGUUAUAGUUUUAUGCUCAUUGUAAAGAGAAAUCCGAUUUCAUUGGGGAUGACAGUAAAUGGAGUCAUAUUGUAAUAACAUAUUUUACCGAUAAUUAUUGGAAUGCUUUGGAUCUUCCAGUUAUACUCUUGUAUCUAGUUGCAUUCGUUAUACGCUUUUCAGAUAAUGCAACUGAACAAAUAUUUAUAGCAUCAAAAAUAUGUUUGGCUAUAGAUUUAUUUUUAUGGUAUAUGAGAAUGUUACAUUUAUGUGCAGCAUAUGGUGGCUCCUUAGGGACUAGAUUAUCAAUGAUAUUCCUAACUAUGCGAGAUUUAUCCUUCUUCGUGUGUUUCAUAUUAAUAUUUAUACUUGGUUAUUCUGUAUCUACUUAUUCCUUAAUAACAACGGGAGAUCAAGUUACUUGGUAUUCAAAUAAAGAUGGUGGUCCAUAUGGUAAUUAUUCUUACACAUUAAGCGAUGGUGCCGGAACAUGGAAUUGGAAUUUACUACGAAAUGUCUUUGCCUGGGGAGUAUGGAGAGUAUUUGGAGACACUGACCUUAUAGGUGUAGAACAAGCAGAUAAUACAACAUUAGCAGGAGCAAUGAAUGAUGCAUAUGGUAAUACGACAUUUGUUCUGACAGUCAUAUUUAUCUGUAUAGCCAGUGCACUGCUAUUAAAUGUAUUAGUAGCAUUAUUUAAUACUACAAUUCAAAAUGUUGCAGAUCGUGCACGUUUCGAAUGGUCAUAUCAACGUUUCUUAAUAUAUGAUGAAUAUUCAAAGAAAUAUCCACAUCCACCACCAUUCACUAUAUUGUAUUACAUAUACGACGCCAUUCGUUUUAUUAUUCGACUUUGUAAAAUUAAACCGAAAAGUAAGCAGGCAUUCGUCUAUUUAGUAACUUUUCUUGUGGUUCGAAAUAAACUCGCAGCCGAACGCUCCCAACUGCCUACUCGCUUUUUUGCUUCAAAUAAACAUUUUAUAGUUAUCACUGAUAGUCAUUUGGAACUUGAC